GAAUGAGUAUUUAAUUAGAAAAGUUCAAAUAAAUAGAUAUCGAUAAUUCUGGAGCAACUACAAUUUUUGAUUAAUUUGAUAAAAUAUUCUUUGAUUAAUGGUAUAAUUACCAGUCAACAUAAAAUGAGAGAUGAAAUAGAUCCUAAAAUAAAUUUUCAGAUAAUACAGAGUAUUAUUCAUAUAUAACAUUUAUA